UGGUGAUUCGCCGUACUGCAAAGCACCACUUCAUCUCCCCAGUUGUCUCACCUGUGUUCAUGGUGCGUGCUCAUCAAGACACCAUUUUUCCCCAAAAUUUCCAUGUGCUUUUAUUUUUUUGCUCACUAUUACACUUUCUCUUCCAAGACUCUGCUUCUUCUUUGUUGGUCUUUGUCUCAGCAGCUUCCAUAAUACAGAUUGUUCUGAGAUGUUGAAGAAAAGUAGGUUGUCUUGGUUUGAAAGUGAUGACCUAUCUAUCGCCAUACUAUCCCUACUGCCCUCCAAAAUACUGCAUCAUCUGAAGCUUGUCUCCAAGGACUGGCUCAAUCUUAUAUGCGACCGCACUUUUAUCACUGCCCAGCUCAAGAAAACCGAACCCGUAUCGGGAUUUUUCUUCCAGGAGGUGUUCCAGUUCGCAACUGCCGAGAACAAGGAGUCCAUCAGCUACAUCCCAGCCGACGUUCAAAAUGUCAAAAUUUGGCCCGAUGUCUUGGGUUUCCUCCCGGAGUACGUGGUGAUUCUCUCUCUAGACAACGGUGUGUUGUGCUGCCGAAACUGCUUCCCCACCUCACGGCCCAAAAUAUAUGUCUGCAACCCUCUGAGAAAACAAUGGGCCAGCAUAGAGUGGCCCAAGAAUUACGAUGUUUCCCGGGACAGUAUCAUAUCCCUAUCAUUCGACCCGUUUAGUGAUCCGAUGGAUAAAUCUACGAAUUUCCAGCUGGUGGCCGUCAGCGAAAUUGGAAAAGACGACGAAGAUGGAAACAUAUCUGAGUAUUGGAUAUCGUUCGACAUAUAUUCGUCCGAGACGGGGUCUUGGAGGAGGUCGAACGAGUGUUGUGUGUUGAAACGUGGUUUGGUCAGGAACAAAAAGGUUAUGUUGAGAGGGGUCUCGUUUUGGCUUACCGAAGGUUACGGAGUCCUCAUGUUCGACAUCAAGAACGAGCUUUCUUGGCUGGUGCCGGCCCCUCUGCCACUGGAUGAGUUUGCCGGAGUUCCCGAAAUGUGUUUGGGCGAGUCAGGCGGGAAGUUGCACUACGUGGUGGUUUGUGAGGACGGGCUUCAGCUGUGGGCUCUUGAGGACCAUUUUGGGGCAACUUGGGAGCUGAGGGUUAAUGUGCCUCUGGACGUACUGGAAAAGGAAAAUCCGGACUCUUUGUACAAGCUGUCGGACAACAUGGCAUGUGGGGUGGGGCCCGCGUGGAUGGCCCCAUUGGCAUUCAAGGACGGGAAGCUGCUCGUGAGGGUGUCAGUGAAAAUGUACCUGUACGAGUUCGAGACAGGGAGGAUGAAGAAGUUGUGCCACGUGUCGGCUCUGGGGCCCACGUCGAUGUUUUCGCCAAUCGUUGUCCCGUACGCCAUGACUCUGGUUCCUCUUGAAUGAUUCGGUUAUGUUGUUUCGGUAGGAAGUUUUUGGUAUCAACUGAUGGUGUUUUGAGAAUGUUUCCAAGUGUGGGAGAUUUUUUGGGCAGGUCCGAGUUGUAAGAAACUGGAGUGAAUGUAGUAAGUAUGUAGCAUCUGAAAGUGUCUAUGUUAACAAAAUUUCUGCACCAAUGACAAUGAAGUUUAUG